AUGACCAAUUUUAAUCCCUUAGCUAAGAUUUUGGAUGAAAAUCGAUUGUCUGGACCAAACUAUGCAGAUUGGAAAAGGAACCUAAUCAUUGUUCUCACUACUGAUAAGAUAGCUCAUGUCCUUAAUACUGAGGCACCAAAACUUGCUUUAGUUGAUGCCAUUGAGGAGCAAAGAGAUGCAUUUAAUAAGUGGCAUGAGGCUGAUGAAAUGGCUAAAUGCUACAUAAUGGCCUCUAUGACCAAUGUGUUGCAAAAACAAUGCCAAGGCCUAGUUACAACACAAGAUAUGAUGUUGCACCUCAAAGAGAUGUUUGGAAAACAAAGCAGAAGUGCACGGCAAACUGCUAUGAAAAAUCUCAUGUCCACCAAAAUGGUGGAAGGAACUCCAGUUCGGGAACAUGUCCUGAAGAUGAUUUCUUUCAUCAACGAAUUGGAUAUGCUUGGUGCAGAAAUUGAUAGUGAGACCCAAGUUGAUGCGAUCCUAGCAUCUUUACCUGAUUCUUUUAAUUAG